UGUUUAUUCAGUCCUACCCUGCACCAUCGCCAGGCUGUCACCGAGCUCCUACCGCAGGGACUGACACCGACCCUCCAUCCCAAAUCCUGACACCUUAUUGGACGCUUCUACCCCCAAAUCCUGGUACUUCUUUGGACUCUUCUACCCCCAAAUCCUGACACCUUAUUGGACUCUUCUACCCCCAAAUCCUGGCACCCUACGGAGCCCCCCUAUAUAGAAACUGACACCCUAUAGAGGAGUAUACACUUUGGGACCCCGCUGACCACCUUCUGUUGUGCCGCACAACUCGCCGGCUGACCGCCACUUAUGAUUGGAUAAGAGGCCUUGUGAAAACAAAAAAGGACCGCCGCUUACAGACUUUCCAUGGGAUUGUAGCCGGAGUCCGGUUUGGGAAUGCCUCUGUUUGGACUGAACUGUGGGAGGAAGAAGCAAGAAGAGAAAGAGAGGCGUCUCCAAGCGAACGACAGAGAGUUCAACCUAAAAUUUAAAUAUGCGACCAAUGCAAUCAAGACCUGCAAAUACAACGUUUUCACAUUCCUCCCCCUCAACCUCUUCGAACAAUUCCAGCGGGUGGCCAACGCGUACUUCGUCUUCCUCCUCAUCCUGCAGCUCAUUCCACAAGUCUCCUCCUUGUCCUGGUUCACUACGGUGGUCCCCCUGGUGCUGGUGCUAACUGUGUCUGCUGUGAAAGAUGCCACGGAUGACUUUUAUCGGCACAAAAGUGACAAUCACGUCAACAAUCGCACAGUUCAGGUGCUCAGCAAAGGAGGGUUCAGCAGCGAGAAAUGGAUGAAUGUCCAGGUGGGCGACAUCAUCAAAUUGGAGAACAACAACUUUGUGACGGCAGAUUUGAUGUUACUGUCCAGCAGCGAACCCAACAGCCUGGUGUACAUUGAGACCGCUGAACUUGAUGGGGAAACCAACCUCAAGGUGAAGCAGGCGCUGACCAUAUCAGCAGACAUGGGGGAGGACCUGAACCAGUUGUCACAAUUUGACGGUGAAAUCGCGUGCGAGGCUCCCAAUAACCGAUUGGACACUUUCACCGGAACUCUGACCUAUCAGGGGGAGAAAUACUCUCUGGACAAUGGGAAGAUCCUCCUACGCGGCUGCACCAUCAGGAACACAGAGUGGUGCUUUGGCAUGGUCAUCUUCGCAGGGCCAGACACCAAGCUGAUGCAGAACAGCGGCCGCACCACCCUGAAGAGAACCAGUAUCGACCGUCUUAUGAAUAUUUUGGUCCUAUGGAUCUUUGUCUUCUUGGCUGUCAUGUGCAUCAUCCUGGCUAUCGGCAACGGGAUUUGGGAAUCCAAGCAAGGCUAUUACUUCCAGGUGUAUCUCCCUUGGCCAGAAGGCACCACCAAUGCAGCAUUCUCGGGGUUCCUGAUGUUCUGGUCCUAUGUCAUUAUCCUGAAUACCGUGGUGCCCAUCUCACUCUACGUAAGCGUGGAGAUCAUUCGGCUGGGGAACAGCUACUACAUCAACUGGGACCGGAAGAUGUAUUACCCCAAGAGGGACACCCCGGCAGAGGCCCGGACCACCACCCUCAAUGAGGAGCUGGGGCAAAUCAAGUACAUCUUCUCCGACAAGACCGGGACCCUCACCCAGAACGUCAUGACCUUCAACAAGUGUUCCAUCAAUAGCAACUCCUACGGGGACGUGUUUGACUAUGCUGGGAAUAGACUGGAGAUAAAUGAGUACACAGAAAAGGUGGAUUUUUCCUUCAACUCUCUGGCUGACCCCAAGUUUGUGUUUCAUGAUCAUCGAUUGGUGGAGUCGGUGAAGAUUGGGGACCGGGCUACUCACGAGUUCUUCCGGCUGCUUGCCUUGUGCCACACGGCGAUGUCUGAGGAAAAGAAGCCUGGUGAACUUGUGUACCAGGCCCAGUCUCCAGACGAGGGCGCUCUGGUGACAGCUGCCAGGAACUUUGGCUUUGUGUUUCGCACCCGGACACCAGAGACCAUCACUGUGGUAGAGAUGGAGAGGACCAAAGUGUACGAUUUGCUGGCUAUUUUGGACUUCAACAAUGAGCGCAAAAGGAUGUCUGUGAUUGUGCGGAGCCCAGAGGGGCGUCUGACCCUUUACUGCAAGGGGGCCGACACCAUUGUCUACGAACUUCUUGACCGCUCAAGUGAAGACUUGAAGGAGGUGACCACCGACCAUCUGAAUGAGUUCGCUGGCGAGGGCCUACGCACUCUGGUCCUGGCAUACAAAGAUUUGGACAAGACCUAUUUUGCAGACUGGCAGAAACGACACCACGAGGCCAGUACAUCCCUGGAAAACCGCGAGGAGAAGCUGUCCGAGCUGUAUGAAGAGAUCGAGAGGGAUCUGAAGCUCAUCGGAGCCUCUGCCAUAGAAGACAAGCUGCAGGACGGCGUCCCCCAGACCAUCGAGGUCCUCACCAAGGCCGACAUUAAGAUCUGGGUCCUCACCGGGGACAAGCAAGAGACGGCCGAGAACAUCGGCUACUCCUGUAACAUGCUGCAGGAUGAGAUGAAGGAGGUUUUCAUCAUCAAAGGCACCAGUCCUGAGGAGGUUCUGGAUGAGCUCAGGACGGCUCGGAGGAAGAUGAACCCGGACACCUUCCUGGACAGCUACGACAUGAACGUUGAGAUAAAGAAAGGAUGGAAGAAGAAGACUCAGGUCAUACCGGACGAUGAGAUGAAGGGAGACGACACGUAUGGGAUUAUCAUCAAUGGGCACAGCCUGGCUUACGCUCUAGAGGAGAAGAUGGAGGUGGAGCUGUUGAGGGCGGCGUGUAUGUGCCAGGCGGUGAUCUGUUGCCGGGUCACCCCUCUCCAGAAGGCGCAGGUGGUCCAGCUGGUGAAGAAGUACAAGAAGGCCGUGACCUUGGCCAUCGGAGAUGGUGCCAAUGACGUCAGUAUGAUUAAAACCGCUCACAUCGGGGUGGGGAUCAGCGGGCAGGAGGGUAUGCAGGCCGUGCUGUCCAGUGACUUCUCCUUUGCCCAGUUUCGUUACCUGCAGCGCCUCCUCCUGGUACACGGCCGCUGGUCCUACAACCGCAUGUGCCAGUUCCUCCGCUACUUCUUCUACAAGAACUUCACCUUCACCCUGGUCCACUUCUGGUACGGAUUCUUCUGCGGCUUCUCGGCUCAGACGGUUUAUGACGAGUGGUUCAUUACACUGUAUAAUCUGAUGUACACCUCGCUGCCUGUGCUGGGGAUGAGCCUCUUCGAUCAGGAUGUGGAUGACCGUUGGAGCAUGGAGUACCCACAGCUGUAUGAACCGGGACAGAAGAACCACUACUUCAACAUCAAGGAGUUUGUGAAGUGUGUUAUACACGGGGUGUACAGCUCCCUCGUCCUGUUCUUCAUUCCUUAUGGGGCGCUCUAUGACACCGUGAGGGACGACGGGAAGGCCCUGUCUGACUACCAGUCCUUUGCCUUGAUGGCUCAGACGUGUCUUGUGCUUGUGGUAUCAGCCCAGAUUGGCCUUGAUACAGCAUACUGGACGGCAGUCAAUCAGUUCUUCAUCUGGGGCAGCAUAGCUGUCUACUUUGCUAUCAGUUUUACCAUGUACAGUGAUGGAAUGUAUCUGAUCUUCACGGCUUCCUUCCCGUUCAUGGGAACUGCGCGGAAUUCUUUGAACCAGCCCAGCAUUUGGCUCACCAUUUUCCUGACCAUCGUCCUGUGUGUCCUGCCCGUGGCGGCCUACAGGUUCCUGAGGUCGAUGCUAAAACCCACCUUCGGUGACAGGGUCCAGAAAAAAAUCAGAGAAGCCAAGAAGCGCCCGGCCCCUCCCCCUCGCCGCGCGCGGAUCCGUCGCACCAGUUCCCGCCGUUCCGGCUACGCCUUCUCCCACCAACAGGGAUACGGAGACCUCAUCACCUCCGGCAGGAACAUUCGCCCCAGGAUGCACUUCCACCAGACAGGAAAGUUCUCCCCCAACGAGAGGAGCCGCAACUACUAGCGAGGAGGAGGAACCGGAGGGCGAGGGGGCGGCGGGCGGGACAGUGAACGCCACGCCGCCCCCUAAUGGACGACACAAAACACAGAUUAUGGACGGUUUCCGAUCUUCUGCCAUGUCUGAGAAUCCUGGUGCUGGAAGGAUUUGGACGCACAGCCAUAUUUUCCGCACGGCAGCCCCACAUGGCAGCCAUCUUGGACGCAAAACUCUUUAUUUUAUUUUUUUUGGACAGUCGAUUUUUGUAACUUAUAAGAAACACUACAUGGCCAAAGAAAACGGAGGUAUAUUUUUGUAGGUUUUGGUUAUUUAAA